AUGAGGAGAGUUGCGGCAAGCCAAAGCGUUGUGGCUAUUGCCGGCGGAUCUGGUUCUGGCUGGCUUUUACCGCUAAUUGAAGCGUUCCUGCGGCAGGAUGAGCAUCAGGCUGCAGUGAGCGCAACAGACCCGCACCGCGAUGGCGACGAAGAUGUCAACAGGAAAGCUGCUAUGAAAGUGAUACUAGCGACAAGAGAUUCGCUGACGAGAAAUUGGUUCGAGCAGGCCGUCAUGGAGCUAGUAGCGAACAAGCUGAGCGGAUGUCGCUGUGACGAAUUGAGCGUGGACAUCUACUACACCGGUGAGGAGGGGCAUAAUAGUGCCAUCGGAGGCCCGAGUGAACUAGAAGAGAAGUCCCAAGUUUCGAAUGAGAGUGUUGGCUCAGGGACGAAAGCGUUGUCGACAGAUGUACGUGGCUCAGAGGAAGCCGCAUCAAACACCAUCCAGACUGCGCUCACCCCGAAGCAUGUAUCGCAACGACCGGACCUUCCAGCCAUCAUCGCCGACGCAACAGAGUACGGAAGUGAAAGUACGUCUGUACUGGUAUGCGGCCCCUUGAGUAUGCAGAGCGAUGUGUCGAACGCUGUUGCUCGUGCGCAGAUCGGUGGCAUGAAGGAUGGGAAACGGGAUGUGUAUCUGCACAUGGAACACUUUUCGUGGGCUUAA